AUGACCGAUCCGCUGGUCCCACACAAUCCCCAGCUCGCCGAGAUCCCCGCGCCUGCCAAACCUUCCCCCUCAUUAUUGGCGUGUCUAGCAUGUCGCCACAAGCAUCUCAAAUGCGACGGCAAUAUGCCAAUCUGUGGUCGUUGUUCCUUGACUGGAUCUGAUUGCCAGUUUACAAAAUCUCGUCGAGGGUAUCAAGGCCAUUCCAAAAAACGUCGCGCGCAAGAAUCUCCGGAUCAUGGAAUCGAAACGCCGAGUAUAGCUACAGUCGGCACACCCGUGGAUUGGCAGGUGCAGAAUAGCUUCCAAUAUGCAGCUAAUAUUCCAAUUUCCUCGUCGGGUUCUGUAAGCCCCAAUGCGAAUCAUAUGUCCGUGGUAAUGGCACCGCCAGUGACUCGACCUGGAACUGGACCAUUAACUCCAGAGUCGACUUCAUCAGUGGCUAGUGAUGGAUACCUACUCGAUAUGUACUAUAUGUUCUUCCACUCGGCGCACCCAAUCCUCCCUCCGCUGCGAUUCCUUUAUCGCGCCCACUUUCCAUUCUUUCUCGAACAAGUGAUGAAGUUCAUCGCAUCGCAUUUCAUAGUAGCCGUCUCGAGCGAAACAUACCGUCCCACAGUUGUGACUGGGGUGCGGGAGCAACCAUCAUCGGUGGAGAAGGUGCAGGCGCUUUUGCUACUUGCAAUUGUCUUACACUCUCGUAAUGAAAGGGCAGAGGCGGGGGAGUGUCUGGCUACCGCUGUUGACGUGGCUUUUGAACUCGGGCUGCACCGAGGGACAUUUCCCGAGGCAGAGAGCAAUGGUGAUCCGAUACGUGCGGAGUGUCUGCGACGAACUUGGUGGGAGCUCUUUGUAAUUGAGGGCAUGCUUACCGCUCUAGGAGUACAACAAGUCUAUCGUACCAACCAGGUACGACUGGAAGUGGCAUUACCCUGUGAGGAACGGAUCUAUCAAGAUGGUAUCGCGCCGCCACCCUCCCCAACCAUUGCCCAAUUCGAUGAGCGUGUCUUUGCGGAUGAGGAGCGGGACUUCUCAUCCUACUCAUAUCGCAUCGAGGCGGUUCGUAUUCUGGGUCGGGUGGUUGCGACGCAGGACAUGAUUGAAGGACAGCAAGAUCAGGUGGAGGCCAUUGAUGCGCGCAUUGCCAGCUGGUUCUACCACCUCCCAGAUUCAAAGUUAGAGCUUAUGAGGCCAGAUGGAUCCAUCGAUGAGAUCAUGUUCCAGGCGACUAUGAUCAUCAAUGGUGCCUCGAUCUAUCUGAACUUCCCGCGAUCAGAUCUGCUCUCAUCUCCUGCUGUUGCAUCAGAGGUGAUCUGUGGUCAUUCUGGUCCCAUCAGUGUUCCUGCUUUCUCGCACCAUGUCCAUGCUAUGAAGGCUGUUAAGGCGGCUAGUGAACUCUCUUCUCUGGCAGCUAUUCGUUUGCCAGUCGAGCGACAUACCCCCUUCUUCAUCUGUGCUCUCACACUGAGCUCCAUUGUUCAAUUAGCCGCCUGCUCUGUCAAGGCUGGACAGAUGCCUGAUCCGAGUCGCGACCGUAUCGGGCUCACCAUUGGCGUUUUUAAGUCUCUGGCACGCACCUGGGCAAUCUCACAGUCUAUAAUGCGUCAAAUCAAAGCUGUAGCCCGAGAUGUAUUAUUCAUGGGUGUGCGAGAGACCAUUGAUCAAAUUCAUCUCACGUCAAUGCUCGACAAUAGCGGGCUACUUUGGUCGCAAGAAGCUCCGAGUUGA